AUGUCCAGCGGCAUAAUCGGGAUAACGUUUCAAUGUUCGGACUGCGGAAACACGUUUAAGAGCCUGCAAGCGCUCACGGAACACAUGGAGUCCCAAUGCGUAACUAUUGCCACACAAAACAAUGAGGUGGAGGAACUCUUAAGCAAACUGCCGGGCAUAAGGGUGGUAAAGAAAGCAGAAAAGAAGCAAAAAACCACCCCCAAAAAGUCGAAAAUAGAGAACAACGAGUCCGUGAGGUGUUUCUUCGUGUGCCCCACUUGUCCGGAAAUAUUCGCCUCCGAAGAAAUCCUGGAUAAGCACCAACCGACUUGCGGAACCCCAAAAGAAUCUCUCAGCAAGAAGAAGCAGAAGAGCUCCUUUGAACCGUACACCUUUGACCGACUGGCACACACGUACAGCUGCAACAAAUGCCCGGUGGAGUUCGAAUUCAAGUCAUUGAUAGAGGAUCACGUCAAGUCCGCUCACGCGUACUUCCACUGUGACGUUUGCGACAUCGAAUUCGACUCCCCCUUGAAGUUCGGAUACCACAGCCUCAAACAUGCCCCGGACAUGUUGAUGAGUUGCCCCUGGUGCUCCUUCAGGACCCCCCUUAAGACCGAACUGAAAAAUCAUCUGCAAACCGAGCAUCCCGACGAAGAAAUGAACCUGCCGCACGUCGAGGACUCGGACUAUCCCUGCGUGGUUUGCGGCAAGCAGUUCUUCGACUGUCGCAAACUGUUGCACCACCAGAAAAACGUCCAUAAGGCCAACGUGAUUUGCGUGCCUCUCCUUGGAGCCAAAUUGCCGGAGAGCACAGAGGUCGCCCCGAAAGAACCGUGCUCGUUAUUGUGCGACACCUGCGGCAAGAAUUUUAGCUCCAAGUACCGCCUGGAGCGCCAUCAGAGGGCGAUGCACGAGGGACUAAAGCCCUUCGUGUGCAAUUACUGCGGCAGAGCCUUCACCGGCAAAGAUACCCUGAAGAAGCACGAGAGGAUUCACACGGGGGAGAAACCGUACCAUUGCGAGUACUGCGGCAAGAACUUUAGGCAACCGGGACCGUUUAGCGUUCACAGACGUACGCACACCGGCGAGAGGCCGUACCAGUGCAAGUUCUGCAACAGGAGAUUCAUUACCAAUCAAAUCAAGAAGAUGCACAUGAAGAACUGCACCAUUAGGGCGGGGAAGUUCGCUCCCGAUAGUACCACCGUCGAGUUUUAUCAGGAGGUGCGCGAGGUGAAGGACGCUGCUCUGAUAGGCGCUACCAUCGAGAUGGCUGAGUCUGGAGAGCCGGCGGUUAUCGGAGGGUUCUUGCCUGACGAGUACUGUUUCGAGAUAAAAAUCGAACCUCCCGAUACGCCUCCACGUCGAAAAACCAGAUCGACCAACAAAAACAAAUAUUUCAAAUCGGAAGAGAGCGACGACGAGCUCCCGCUGCUAAGCAGACUUAAAAACCUCGCGGAAAAACCUCAAAAAAAACUCAAAGGUAAACAGCGGAGGUGUCCCCGCUGCCAAGAAACCUUCGACACCGCCGCAGAAUGGCAGAGGCAUAAAUGGAGCGAGGACUGUAGCUUCCGACCUCCUCAGUCUCCUCCUCCCGCCGUCAAGCGGAGGAAGCCUCACUCGAAUCGUAUCCACGCUUGCAAGUACUGCCAGGAGAUUUUUAAAACGUUAAAAUUACUGAAGGAGCACAAGAAGGUGCAUAAGCCCGAGGAGAUGUGCGAGGAGGAGGAGCCUUUUUAUAAACUCGACCAUAUCCAGGACCUCUAUAUUUGCUCCGUUUGUUCCGCGGAGUAUCAAGAGGAAGACGAGGCCAAGGAACAUAUUCUCACCCAUAGACAGAUAAUCAAAUGUAUCGCGUGCAAUAUGGAGUUUAAAGAGUACUUUGACUUGGGGGUUCAUAACAAGCAGACGCACGAUCAGGAGGGCAAGUUUGGGUGCCCACUUUGCACCUACGCGUCCUCGAACUUGUACAGUUUUAAGGCGCAUAUUAAUUAUGUGCAUCUCAAGAGGUUUCCUUUUUAUUGCAAGGAGUGUGGGAAGGGAUUUAAGCACUAUAAGACUUAUAUGGAGCAUCAGAACUUGCAUAUUGGGAAAAAGCCUUACGUAUGCAUUGUAUGCGAGAAGGCUUUUACUUACGAGAAGUACUUGCAUGUGCACCAAGUGAGAAAUCAUCAGGUGGGCAUAACGGGCAGAAAAAUCGAAAACGAAUGUCGCACCUGCAACAGGCACUUCUACAAAGCACAAGCCCUGGAGGAGCACAUAGAAAUCUGCUAUAAACGGCAAAAGAAACCCAAAAGCGCCAUCCCGGUGAAGGCUUUUCUCUGUGACACUUGCGGGCAAACUUUCACAGAGAAAGCGAAAUUGCUGGAGCAUCUGCGUGUCCACAGGGGCGACCUGCCUUUCGUGUGCACCUGGUGCGGGAAGAAAUUCCCUGUUAAGUCUUACCUUAAAACUCACGAGAGAGUGCAUACGGGGGAGAAGCCUUACUCUUGUGAGUUUUGCGGUAAACGCUUCGCUCAGCACGCUCCCUUCAGGGUUCAUCGCAGGACUCACACGGGAGAGAGACCGUAUGUGUGUGAGUUUUGUAACAAAGGCUUCACCACCAAUCAGGGGUUGAAGUUGCAUAAAAAAAACUGCUCGGGGGGGUUGAAAAAGGCUAAAAUAGAGCAGCUGCCCCAGCAGCAGUACGUUCAACUGAAUCCCACUUAUAUUAUGGACGAUCAUGGCAUUUUUGGUCGCUUCACGAAACACACCUUAACCCCUUGCACCAAGACCACCUGGACCUGCAAGUAUUGUCAAGAGAAGUUUGAGGACCGACACCUCCUUCGCCUUCACAAAACCUCCCAUAAAGCAACUUAUUUUGAGGAGGAACGUCCCUCUUAUAAGUACGACGAGGUGCAAAGCAUUUACUUCUGUGAAACCUGCUCCGCUGAAUACCAAAAGGUCGAGGAGGUCGAAGAGCACUUGAAGAUCCACCAGAGGCUCUUCAAGUGCUCGAAUUGCUCUCAAGAGUUCGAAAGUCCAUUCGAGUUUGGGAUGCACCAGAUGAAACAUAGCGAGGCUAAAACUCUGAAGUGUCCCUGUUGCCCGUACAUCAGUAAAACCUUGAACCCCAACAGCUUCAAAGCCCACGUGAACUAUCAACAUCUGAAGCGAUUUCCGUUCUUCUGUAAGGAGUGCGGCAAGGGAUUCAAGCAGUUCAAGGUCUACCAAGAGCACCAGAACCUGCAUCAGGGCACCAAGCCAUACUCCUGCAUCGUCUGCAGCAAAACCUUCACUUUUGAGAAGUACAUGGUGGUGCAUCAGCUAAAGAAACACCAGGCCUCAGUUAGUGUCAAAGACUACGACAUGCCUCAAAUAAUUAGCCACAGAAUCAAAAAGCAACCGAACUCCUUUCUCUGUGACACUUGCGGUCAAGGGUUCACCGAAAAAUCCAAACUUCUCAAACAUAUCAGGGUCCACAAGGGCGAUCUACCCUUCGUGUGUCAAUGGUGCGACAAGAGGUUCCCACAGAAGGACUAUCUGAAGACCCACGAGAGGGUCCACACGAGAGAGAAGCCUUAUUCGUGCGAAUUCUGUGGGAAAUGCUUUGGGUUUUCAGCCUCCUUUAAGGUCCACAUCAGAACCCACACUGGGGAACGACCUUACGUCUGCAGCUUUUGCAGCAAAGGCUUCACCACCAACCAAGGCUUGAAGCUGCAUAAGAAGAAUUGUCCGGGGAUUUCAAUGUUGAAAAUUGAGAAAACCCUUUGA